GCGUCCAGUCGGACGCCAUUUUGUCAGGUUUCAGCAGCGGUGCUCGGGGUAUCCUGCUGGCCGCUGGCUGGAACCUGUUGCUCUGGAGUUCCGUGUUGUGCAAUGGACGGCAGUGUCCACCAAGAUAUAACAGUUGGUACUAAGAGAGGAUCUGACGAGCUUUUCUCCAGCGUCUCUAACGGCCCGUAUAUCAUGAGCACCACAGCCAAUGGCAACGACAAUAAGAAGUUCAAAGGUGACAUAAGAGGUCCCGGGGUGCCGUCCAGGGUCAUCCACAUCCGCAAGCUUCCCAACGACAUCACAGAGACUGAGGUGAUCAGCCUCGGUCUGCCUUUCGGAGACGUCACCAACCUGCUGAUGCUCAAAGCCAAGAACCAGGCCUUCUUAGAGAUGAACUCCGAGGAAGCAGCUCAGAACAUGGUGGGUUAUUACUCCACAGUGAUGCCCAUCAUCAGGCACCACCCAGUAUUUGUCCAGUUUUCCAACCACAAGGAGCUCAAGACUGACAACUCCCCCAACCAGGAGAGGGCCCAGGCAGCUCUUCGGGCCCUCAGUACGUCUCACGUGGACACUGCUGUGACGGCUCCGAGCUCUGUGCUGAGGGUUGUGGUGGAGAACCUGGUCUACCCUGUCUCACUGGACGCCCUCUGCCAGAUUUUCUCAAAGUUUGGCACCGUGCUGAGGAUCAUCGUCUUCACCAAAAACAGUCAGUUCCAGGCUCUGCUGCAGUACGCUGACGGAGCGUCUGCCCAGGCAGCUAAACUGUCUCUGGACGGACAGAACAUCUACAACGGCUGCUGCACUCUGAGGAUCAGCUUCUCCAAACUGACCAGCCUCAACGUCAAAUACAACAACGAAAAGAGCCGCGACUUCACCAGACCUGACCUGCCCUCCGGAGACAGCCAGCCCGCCAUGGAGCACCCGGCCAUGGCUACAGCCUUCACUCCAGGUAUCAUCUCCGCUGCUCCGUACGCAGGUGCGACUCACGCCUUCCCCCCGGCCUUCACCAUCCAGCCUGCAGUGUCCCUCCCCUAUCCAGGCCUGUCGGUCCCCGCCCUGCCCGGAGGCCUGGCCUCUCUGUCCCUCCCCGGGGCCACCAGGCUGGGAUUCCCCCCCCUGCCUGCUGGAGUCUGUGUCCUGCUGAUCAGCAACCUCAACCCCGAGAGAGUUACGCCCCACUGCCUCUUUAUUCUCUUCGGUGUUUACGGUGACGUGAUGAGAGUGAAGAUUCUCUUCAACAAGAAGGAGAACGCUCUGGUUCAGAUGUCUGACAGCACACAGGCUCAGCUAGCCAUGAGCCACCUCAGUGGCCAGAAGCUGCAUGGGAAGCCUCUGCGCAUCACGCUGUCCAAACACACCAGCGUCCAGCUGCCCCGGGAAGGCCACGAGGACCAGGGCUUGACCAAAGACUACAGCAACUCCCCCCUGCACCGCUUCAAGAAGCCCGGCUCCAAAAACUACUCCAACAUCUUCCCACCUUCUGCCACACUACACCUGUCCAACAUCCCCCCCUCUGUGGUUGAAGACGACCUCAGGAUGUUGUUUUCCAGCUCAGGAGCUGUGGUCAAGGCCUUCAAGUUUUUCCAGAAGGACCACAAGAUGGCCCUGAUCCAGAUGGGCUCGGUGGAGGAGGCCAUCGAGUGCCUCAUCCAGUUCCACAACCACGACCUGGGAGAGAACCACCACCUGCGGGUCUCCUUCUCCAAGUCCUCCAUCUGAGCCUCAGACUUCACCAUCUGAACCCGACUCGAUGGUGUCCACUACACUCCGAUCAUUCCACCGCAUGCCUGCAGAAACCAUCGCGAAGUCUGGUGUAACGUUAAAUUAUUUUUUAUAGAAGUUGUUUUGUGGUCCUUAGCCUGCACGGAGGAUUAGAUCAGAGAAAACUGGAGCAAGUCUGAAUCCUGCGUUUAAUCUCAGAAGUCCGGGAAUAAAGUCAGUAUUCUGAGAGUGUCAGCAUUGUUGGAAUAAGCCGGAAUUGUCAGAUUAUUGUCGGGAUUCGCACUGCAGUCGUGUUCUUGUGUUUGUGUCCGCAUGAUUUGAAGUCGAUACCUUUUAGCCUCUCUUGCCUUUUCACUUCAGUCCCAGAAUUAAGGCACUGAAGUCAGCCUUCUAAAUUUGUCCUCUGGAGCUUCGGACUUUAGCAACUGAAAAUGUGUUCUUUAAUCUGAGACUCCCGGACGUUUUCCUGUGCUCAGAAUCCUUGUGUCUUUAAAUGAUCAGCUCUGACCAGGUGUGCUGUGAGCCCGGGCCUCGACGAGAGGGGCUCGCCGUCAGACCGUGACCCUGUGCCUUAGUCCUCACAUCUCUGCAAAGAGCAGGUUUACAGCUGAUGAAAGGUUUACUGUCGCUGAGAUGUUUGACAGAUGUAUCUGUAUUCUCUGUGUGUUUUAUUGGUGUUGUUUUCCAGUCCUUUGUUAGUGUUUUGUACUGCUGGUUACUGUAGCGUCGAACAUGUGAACUGAUCCUGUUUUAGCGGGUUUGCUGGGUCUUUGCUCUUAGAUGAAAUUUUCGUUAUUUCUGUUCCUUUUUGAUUUCUUUAUUUCCAUGUAUGCAAUCACAUUUUAUUCAAAUCAAAUAUCGUAGCAAUAUUUUAAUCAUUCCUGAACUUCUGUUUGCUGGGUCUGCGGGCGUCUCGGCGAGCUCGGCGGCUCUUCCUGCCGCUGCGCUGCCUUUUACGCUCCGCAGACGGAGGUUGUUUAGUUUCGUCGAUGUUCUGUUGGACUUGUGAAUCAUGAUGUUGCUCGCCUUGCUUCUCUGAACGGUUUUAUUUAUAAGUUUGUGAUCCACUACAGCUGAAACCAAAAACGGCCUUCAAGAUGCAAACAAAUCCGCCUGCCUCAGGUUUUCUGGUUUUAAGGACUAAACUAAGAUAAGCAUACGGUGAACUGGUUCAGGCUUUGUUGGUGUUUUCCUGUGGGAAUGUUUUUAUUCAUUUCUCGACCACUUCGCUGGAUUCAGCCCACCGGUGCGACUCGGUCUAUUGCAAAACCAGAUGUAACGUGGAGUGCCUUGAACGCAGCGCUGAGUCGUACAUCAGGUAUUAAUUCCUCUUAACUCUGAGAUGAAAGUUUGACGGAGAAGAAGCCCCGCAGGCGUCAGAAAUGUCAUGAAACCAGAAGAUGCUGGUUUGGUUUAUCUGUGUGUCUUAAUAUCAUUACAGCGACAUUCCAGCUGCUCAGACGUCCACCUGAACCUCGGAGUGGCUGCAGGUCAUUACAGGUGUGGUGCAUUCAUGACUCCUGGGACAAACAACUGCUGUUUCCCAGUUCAGGCUCUUCCUCCUUCAUUUCCAGGCUAUACAGAAGUCCUGACUCAGUCCAGGGGUUCAGACGUUUGCCGCCUUCUGCCUGAACUCGAUUCAGCACUCUUUAGAGACACCUGCUUCAGUCUGAACACACCUGAGUGAUCUCUGUCACAGCUGUCACGGUGAGAACAGGUGUGUUCUGCCACGUGUCUUUAUCAGAUGAAGUGGACCAAUGAAUAAACUCCUGCGGGAGGUAAAUAAUAGUUUUGUUUCUGAUCCUCACAGAAGUUCCUUUAAGUUCAGUAGCUACAUCAGACACAGUGUUUUUUCCCAGGUGACCUGAAUGCAUCACAGCCCCUUGGUGUCAGGUGAGAUGGGCGAGGCAGGACUGGGACCAGUGAGUCUGUAACAGGUGGAGGGAGGGUGGGGGAGGUGUUCAACUGUACAUACGUGUUUUAUAUCACAGUUAGGUGUCUGAGAGCUGAUUGUUGGUUUUAUAUCUGAUGAAACGUGUAUAUUUUGAUUCAAGUGUGCGACCGGUUCUGAGCCUUACUGUGUCACAAAGGAAAAAAAAACAGAUUAAAUCACUUUUUAUCAAAA